UUCGUACUGGAGUUUGUGGAUGCGCUCUAUAAUCGCGCUUUGUGACCGCGUCUAAAGGAGAUAUUAGACACAACGGGAACCGUACGCACACGCCGACAGUGAGAGCUUGUUUAUAAAAUCCACAAUGCCAGCCAUGAUGAAGAACUCCGACCUGGAGUUUGACUCCUUCCAGCCGUGUUUCUACCCUGACGAGGACGACUUCUACUUGUGCGGCCCGGGUGAAGACAUCUGGAAGAAAUUCGAGCUGCUACCGACCCCGCCACUAUCUCCCAGCCGGGCUGCUCUGGCCGGCAUGGACUUCGCGCUAGAGUGUGAGUCCUCGGGAGUGUUUGGUCUGAACGAUCCGCUCGACUGGGCCUCCGAACUGUUCCUCCUCCCGCCUCAGGACCCCGAGGACGAAGCGUGGCGCAUACCGGAGGGAGACCUGUUCGGUGCGUGUGCCCUGGAUGACCCGGUCAUCCUGCAGGACUGCAUGUGGAGUGGCUUCUCGGCACGAGAGAAGCUGGAGCGAGCUGUCAGCGAGAGGCUGGGGCGGACGGUCGCAGUUUGUGCGUCUUCGGGAUCGUCUGGACUUAAAAACGAGGAGAUCAAGGUGCCUGAGAUGAGCAGCGCAGGACCUGGGACAGAGUGUGUGGACCCUGCUGUGGUUUUCCCCUUCCCAGUCAAUAAAAAGAGCACCUCGCAGAGCACAGCACUGGUUCCUGAGGCGAAACACUCGGAUGAUGAACUAAGUGAAUCUGACGACAACUCGGACGAAGAAGACGACGAUGAUGAAGAUGAUGAGGAAGACGAGGAAGAAAUCGAUGUAGUCACUGUUGAGAAGCGGCGCUCCACCGUUCCCAGGACCCACAACCAGGUUUCGUCAUCGUCGAGCCGGACGAACUCGGGUUCCAGCCGCCCCCACGAGCUCAUCUUGAAAAGAACGGCGACCGCCUCUAUCCACCAGCAGCAGCACAACUACGCAGCCCCUUCCCCUUACUCUGACCAUUCGGACCUUCCCUGCGCCCCCCCCUCCAAGAAACUCAGGUCAGAAAGCAGUUCCGGCUCCCAGCGCAGCACCAAAUCCAGUUCCUCGUUGCCGCACUCUCCGAACGGAGCCCAGCGUCUCAGGAAAAGCGGCUCGGGCUCCGACUCGGAGGACAGCGAGCGCAGACGCAACCACAACAUCCUGGAGCGUCAGCGACGCAACGACCUCCGCUCCAGCUUCCUGACGCUCCGGGACCAGCUUCCAGAACUAGCCAAAAACGACAAGGCAGCCAAGGUGCUGAUACUUAAAAAGGCCACGGAAUACGUGGGCUCGCUCGAGGCUCAGGAGCUUCGGCUCCGUCAGGAAAGGGACAGGCUCCAGGCGAAGAGGCAGCAGCUACUUCGACGCCUGGAGCAAGCCAGGACUCGCUAAAGUUAACUGUUAGCACUCACGGCUGAUGAAACAGCCUGAAUCCUUACGGACACUCACUGCCGCCACUUUCUUUGCACAUUUUUGGACGUCAAGAAUGUUUUGGGUUUACUUCGCUCAUUCCGGUCACAUCGAGGAACACAGUAUGCGACAGGGAAGAGAAGGGGGCGCUCCCUUUUCUCCGUCGGUUUCGUUUUUUGUUGUUUUUUUUCUUUUCGUUUGGGUUCUCUCGGACCCGUUUCACAGGACUGGUGGGACGUGAAAGUCGACGAGGAACACGCAAUACAACACAACCACUUUGCCUUUAUUCUUCACAAUAAGCAAAAAGACUUUAAAUAACGGACUCGUGUCGGGCCCGCGGGGGCUCGACUCUCAGACCUCUCGAUGGUGCUGAUGCUCCCGGAUAUACCUCUGCGCACCUUGAUGUCGGUUUAGCAAAACACUAUCAGUCUGCCUUGUUUUGUUUGUUUUUUUCUAAGAAAAUAUCAAAAAACGCUGCCAAUAUACCAAGACUGGAAGUUUAUAUACCUUUAUUAAGUACUGUAUGACCUCGAUUUGCGAGGAACUUUGUAAUAUAAUAUCGUUCUUUCCGUUUCUUCUUACGUUCUUUGUUCACACAAUACUUACUAAUUUGUACGCCUAUGCUUUAGUGUGCUCCUGAUACAUACUAAAAAUCGAUACUUAUAUUUUCGUAUGAAAAUGAGUUGAGUAGAUAUCACUAUCUUGUUUUAUCUCUUUUCUCCCUUUUAUUCUUUUUGUACAGAAAUCUUUUUACAUUUACCUUCCCUCUCGUUUUGUUUAUAUAUUUGUACCUAUCAGGUUCAUAGAACUGGGUCGACGGGAAUGUCUUUUUUUCACUCUCUCUUUUGUACAUGUACAUGUUAGUGCUGCAACUCAUAGCACUUUGAAA